UUAGAAAAGUAUUUUAAAGAGUGAGGGGAAAAUCUGGCACCGUGUGAACAAAAAUAAUCACAGAAGCUUUCUUCACCCUGUCGUGAAAUGGCCCCCUGCACCCCAGGCAGCGAGCAGUUGCAGAGCUCAGCUGCGCCUGUGGUUAAUAAUAAAUGGGCUCUCUCAGCCAGGAGCACCGGCCCACGCACCCCCAUGCUGCUGCCAGCCCCCUCCUCCCGCCUUCUCCCAGGGCUGCCCAGGCACCGCUCCGGUACCCACCCAGCUUCCCUACGCGAGACGGACGCCCAGAGGACCAUCCGUAUACACAAGAUGAUUAGGAAGAUAACCUACAGCCUGGGAAGACAUGUGUCCGCUGUGGCAUGUGAGACCACCCAGGUGAGAAGAUUUCUGCAUGGUGCUUAUUUCAAGAUUCAGCCCUCUGUACAGGAAGCGCUGAUGGAGGGGAGACCAGUUGUAGCCUUGGAAAGUACCAUCAUUACACAUGGCAUGACCUAUCCUCAGAAUCUGAGCAUGGCCAGAGAGGUGGAAGAAAUUGUAACAACAAAUGGAGCAGUGCCAGCCACUGUAGGUAUUUUAAGGGGUCGAAUCCAUGUGGGACUCACGGACGAGGAACUUGAGUUCUUGGCAAGCAGUAAAAACGUAGUUAAAGUGUCUCGGAGAGAUCUUCCUUACGUCCUCAGCCAGGGCUUGUCUGGUGGCACUACCGUGUCUGGAACAAUGAUUGCUGCACACAAAGCGGGAAUCCCCGUGUUUGUGACAGGCGGCAUAGGAGGCGUCCAUCGCGGAGGAGAGAAUACUCUGGAUGUGAGUGCUGACUUGACAGAGCUAGGACGAACUCCGGUUGCUGUUGUAUCUGCAGGAGUCAAGUCUAUCCUUGAUAUUGGCAGGACACUGGAAUAUCUGGAGACUCAGGGAGUCUGCGUGGCUGCCUUUGGAGAGUCAAGGGAGUUCCCAGCCUUCUUCUCACGCCAGAGCGGCUUCCAGGCACCGUAUCACGUCCGGGAUGAAGAGGAGGCAGCUGAACUCAUUGCCAGUGCUUUGGGGCUAGGUCUGAGCAGUGGGGUGCUGAUAGCAGUGCCUUGUCCCCAGGAGCGAGCUGCCUCAGGCCAGGUCAUCGAAGAGGCCAUCCAGCAAGCUCUCAGCAAAGCCAGGUCAAAAGGGAUCACAGGCAAAGAACUGACCCCUUUCAUGUUACAGAAGCUCAAUGAAUUAACUGACGGGAAAUCGCUGGACUCCAACCUUGCUUUGAUCCAGAACAAUGCCAGAGUGGGCAGCUGCAUUGCAGUGGCGCUGAGCAAACUACAGAAAGCCAGAAGGAAAGGGAAACUACCUCAGCGAAAGGACACAACCCCACCUCAGCCAGUGGUGAUUGGAGGUAUCAAUGUUGACUUUAUAGCCAAGGCACAGAACCCUGUCAUCCUGGGCGGUGGGCAAACAAACGCUGGAAGAGUGAGACGAACCUUUGGCGGUGUUGGAAGAAACUUGGCAGACUGCUUAAGCCGUCUUGGACGGACUCCUCUCUUUUUAUCAGCCGUGGGGAAGGAUGAACACUCAGAGUCCAUCCUGCACUACUGUCACCACAUGGACAUGAGCGCCGUCCUCCAGCUGGAGGGGAAGAGCACAGCCACUUACUGUGCUGUGAUCACUAGUGCUGGGGAGCUCAGCGUCGGCUUGGGAGAUAUGAACAUCCACCAGCAGAUAACAGAGCAAUACGUGUCCCAGUUCAAGCAGAACCUGUGCCAGGCCCCGCUAGUUUGCAUUGAUGGAAACGUGCCUCUUUCCACUAUUCAGUACGUCUGCCAACUAGCUAGAGAGCAUCAGCUAGCAGUGUGCUAUGAGCCAACAGAUGAGAACAAGGCCUCUAAGCCGUUCCUCUCAGACAGCUGGAAAGCGCUCACAUACAUUUCCCCCAACCUGCAAGAGCUAAGAGCAAUAAAUCGGACCCUCGGGAACCCUCUGCCAGCAGAGCUGCCGUCCAGGUUGGAGGAUGUUGUCCAGACUGCGAUGGCCCUGGCCCGCCCUUUGCUGGCCCACCUGCGCUGUGUGGUGGUGACCCUCGGCGCUCACGGUGUCCUCCUGUGUGGCAACAGCCUGGGAGGGAGCAUCUCGCUUCGUCCAGGAGCCCACGAACAGACUGCUGCUGCCAGCCUCUGCGCUACCCACUACCCUGCCAUCCACAUCAGCAGAGAGGAGAUAGUCAACGUCUCGGGAGCCGGCGACAGCUUAAUGGCAGGAAUCCUUGCAGGGAUGCUUGCUAAACAUGACACAGAUACUUGUGUCCGGAUGGGCCUGCUUGCUGCAAGCUUGUCUCUCCGUUCCUAUGAGCCCAUUUCCCCAGAAAUCAGCACUUCCAGUGUCAGCCAGGAGCAAGUCAAGAACAGGAGCUGGCCAGAGGUGAAGGUAUGGAAGAUGGACUAGAGGACCAUGGCUUUCUUAUGUAUCACCUCCUUGCACUCCCAGCAUUGCUAUUUCCAGGAACUGGGCAGUAUUUUGAGCUUUGAGCUCAAAAGCUGGCUGCUGACCAGAGGACUUAGACUUUCAGUGCAUACUACCCUUUGGGAGGUGAAGUGUCAGUGGAGUGCAUUUGGUGACAACUUGUAUUGCACUGUUCUCAUUUCUGUUUGUCUGCUAUUGUUUCCUCUCCUUUUGUUUGUCUGUUUGUUUUUAUUUGGUGGGUUACAGCAACCACAGCUUGGUUCUUCUGUCUACUGCCUGUUGAUAGUGUAUCUCACCCCCCUGCCCAAUGGGAACACUCAUCUGUUUUAUUCCUGAAUAACCCUCCGGGAAGGAGGCCCCAACCCAGGCAACUUCUUCUUUGUAAAGAAAAGCUGGUUUCUGGUCUUUCAGAGCUCCUGCUUCCUUGAACCUCCAAGUCCUUCUAGAUUUUCUGUUGAGGGAAUUUUCCCUUCCUCCACCUUGUGUCACUGUUGUCCAUUAUCACAGUAGCUCCUCUAUCAUCAACUCCUAGAUCUUCAGGACCAUGUCUCUUCAGGUUGGCCCAGCAGCAAUAUCAUCUCUUGCUGCUUACUCCUGGUUUCUAUCCAGGAGGUCCCACAGACCACAACCUGUGGCAAGGUGCAGCCGGCAGGAACAUAACACCGUAGGACAGCCUCAUCGGUCUUCCCAAGCCAGCGCUUUCUUUCUCUGAAGUCCAAUGGCCCUGGAGAAAGCAGGCAACGCUGAUCAAAGAGAGGUAACCAGGGGCCAGCUGGUGGCCUUUAAAAGAUGAUUGCCCCUUGUUCCACACACCUUCCUCUGAACUUGGGGCUUCCUUCCUCCUCAGCCCAGAGUGUUGAAUCUGAAGCAAAAGAGAGCAAGCCCCUCUCCCCACGCCUCCAUUACUGACCACUUGGCAAACCACUGGGUACUUGACAGAGAAAACUUCCCACACGUGGCUGGCUGGAGAGGAGCACUGACAGGCAUGCGAUCCUAACAGAGCACUGCGUGCUGGGACCA